UUAGGUAACACUUGUUACAUUCUUUUACAUUCUCCCUGAAAUGACUUUACGUUUCGUGGCCCAAACGUUGCUGCAACAUAGCGGACGCCGUCUGCAGAUUGCCGCGCCAUGGAUACGCACAUUAACACAUUACCCCAUAAAUGACGCCAUGUUUGGCCUCAAUGAGGAGCAACGGAAGUUGCGUGAAAUUGCUUUCAAUUUCUUUCAAAAAGAAUUGGCACCAUAUGCCAAGGAGAUCGAUAAGCUAGAUAGUUUCAAAGAUCUACGCUCAUUCUGGAAGAAGAUGGGCGAGCUUGGUUUCCUAGGCAUCACGGCAGAGCCGGAGUAUGGUGGUACUGGCGGCACCUAUUUGGAUCACUGCAUCAUUAUGGAAGAGAUUUCAAGAGCUGCUGGAGGCGUAGCACUUUCCUACGGAGCACAUUCCAAUCUAUGCAUCAAUCAGUUGACCAAGAACGGCACGCCGGAACAGAAGGAAAAAUAUUUGCCCAAGCUGUGCACUGGCGAACAUAUUGGCGGUCUGGCUAUGUCAGAGCCUGGAGCCGGCUCGGAUGUCGUCUCCAUGAAGCUGCGCGCGGAACGCAAAGGCGACUAUUAUGUACUAAACGGCAGCAAAUUCUGGAUUACCAAUGGCUCAGAUGCCGAAACUCUGAUCGUGUAUGCUAAGACUGGAGCAAGCGGUGUUCCAGACAGGCACGCAAUCACAGCCUUCAUCAUAGAGACAGGCUGGGAAGGCUUUAGUGUAGCCCAGAAACUGGACAAACUAGGCAUGCGUGGCAGCAGCACCUGCGAGCUCGUCUUUCAGGAUCUCAAAGUGCCGGCAAAGAACAUACUGGGACAGGAGAACAAAGGCGUUUACGUCCUGAUGUCGGGUCUGGAUUUCGAGCGCUUGGUUCUAGCUGCCGGACCAGUGGGCCUCAUGCAGGCCGCCUGCGAUGUCUCCUUCGACUAUGCCCAUCAGCGCAAGCAAAUGGGCAAGCUAAUUGGCGAGUUCCAGCUGCUGCAGGGCAAGAUGGCAGAUAUGUACACGACUCUGGGCGCCUGCCGCAGCUAUUUGUAUUCAGUGGCCCGAGCCUGCGAUGCGGGCAUUCGCAGCAGCAAGGACUGCGCCGGCGUCAUCCUGUACAGCGCCGAGAAAGCAACACAGGUUGCCUUGGACGCCAUUCAGAUUCUGGGCGGCAAUGGCUACAUCAAUGACAAUCCAACUGGACGCAUUUUGCGGGAUGCAAAGCUUUAUGAGAUUGGAGCUGGCACCUCGGAGAUCAGACGUUGGCUGAUUGGUCGUCAAUUGAACCAGGAGUACAAGUAAUUGGUGGAGGUUUGUCUAGAGGACCAUCUUAACGGAAAGACUAUUUGUUGCAUUUAUAUUUUGUAGAAAUUUGUUGUACAAAAAUUGUAGAUAUUGUAUGUGGAAUAAUUGAUGGAUUGUGAAUAUUGAUGCU